AUGGUGGAUCUUCACAGUAACGCCACUUUAAGCUGUCGUGUGAACCAAACAAAGAAUCUGACCUCAGAGUUUGUGAAGUGGUUUGUAAAAGUGAAGACAAAAGAUAAGAUAGUUUACGCCAGGAAUAUGGUGAUAACAAAGGGCCACGACAUGGGGCAAGGCGACAAGGACCACAAAGUCGAUGAGAGUGUGUUCUCUGCAUUUUCACUCGGGUAA